AUGUCUGACUUAGGGUCUCCGGAGGCGAUGAGGACCUACAUGCUUAGGUCCAUUUCUACCGCAGCCUCAAAUGAGAAAGUGCUACUUUAUCUGGAAAGCCUGCAGAGAGCACCUCCCGAAGAAGACGAUAGAGCGAGCAGUGUUGUAUCUGGCGGACGGCGUAGAGGCAGCGUAGCCAGUAGCCGUCGCAGGCUGCAAGAUCUUGCUGAAGAGGGUGCCGACUACGGUGAACAGGAAGACGAGGAAGACAUUAGGUCUGAUGUGCAAGAGGGAAACGGCUCCGAAACUGCACGAACAAUCCCUAUCCAAACGACCGGGAACCCCGAGCACCACGAACCUGGUCCAAAUGACCCCCCGGGCCCCCACUUCGAAUCAUACGGGUCGUCAUUCGGAAACUUCGGACCCCUGCCCCCUGCGGAAGCAUGGAACGCGCCGCACUCGCCUGUCCGCCCCACCGGGGUACCUUUGCCAGGCUCGCCUACAGAUAGCCACCCUAACCCGUUCCAGCAAUGGGGUAUGACUCCUGCCACAGCUGCCGGUAUUCCUCUUCCGCCUUCCGUCGCGUCUGCUUCAGUUCAUCCAGGCGCUGAAUCUCCAUCAAGCCCUAUGGCUAGAAGCAGACAUAACGCGUCCAGAGCUUCGAAUAAAUCACCUGCUCCCCCUGCCAGUGCGGCGAACGGGAUGUUGUCUCCCAAAUCUGCAUCUCGUGCACUGUCUCCGACGCGCACUGGUGGCGGCGGUGAAAGGCCAUGGUCGCCCCGUACUGUAGUAUCGCAAGGUCAAUCAUUGAAAUCUCGUGCUACUCAAAAGACGAACCGAACGGUUUAUCCUCCUCUUCCUGAGUCUGUAGUAGAAGAUAACUUCUCCAAAGCGCCUACUCAGAGAGCAACAUCCCCCGUUGAUCGUCGGACUAACAAGUCGCCGUCAAUUGCGCCAUCCGAUUCUCCCUCGCAGGCGAGGUCGAAACGGUCGACGGUAAAGCCGCUGGCGAAAGAGCCAUCCCUCAAGCCUGUAAAAUCUGUCAAGAGCACUACAGAGAUCAAUGGUGGGGUGGCACCUUCUGGUGGUGUUUCUAGAUAUGCAACCUCCCAACGAGAUGCUCGCUCGCAAGCACCCAUGUCACCUCGCACCCAGCCUAGUCAGGUCCCAAUGUCUCCUGAGAGGAGCACGCGUGAUCUGCAACGUGCCGCAGCGGCGAUGUCCCCCACGAGGUCGCAACGUCCCGAGUACGACCCUCAAACUACGCCUACCCCUUCACGUCCCGCAUCUCCAAUGGACGACCUGGAUGCAGAUGAACAACGCAUGGUUAAUACUGUACUGACACGCCCCGCACGAUCACGAACAUCGUAUGCUCCAUCUACGAUGGCUCCCUCUGCACUUGAACCUGAAAUCCAGCACUCACACUUCCAUGAUAUGGAGCUCUGUCAACUAUUGCAUGCCCUUGACCAAACCAUGGGAGAGCCCGUAAAAAAAGCUGUCCGAAAAGCAGUUAGAGCUAGAGUGAAGAAACUUGGUAUGAAGAACGAUAAUGAGUCUAUCAGACAAUAUCGGAAGUCUUUCCACGACCAUGACCCAAGCGUACAUCUUGCUGCAGCGCUGCAAGCUCAGCCUAGCUCGAAACGGUCCACCCAAUUAGGCACAUCAACGGAACCCCCAGAGUGGGCUAAGGACCUCAUUGACGGCAUGAUCAACAUGCGCGACCGACUCGACAGUUUGGCGCCGAAGAUUGAGAGAAGUCUGCAAUCCUCUAGAGGUGAUUCGUAUGUCACGGAUGGGCGCGGCUAUCCUCAUCGUCACCAUCAUUUCGGAGGAUCAGAAAUGGACGGAGCGUACACCCAGACACCGAUGACACAAACUGUGAACAUCAACACGCAGCCCACAGAUACGAUGGGGGACGAGUCUAUGUUCCAGCCUGGGGACACCGAUCUCAUUCGUGAUUCAACCCAAAUCCACACUCUGCCUGGCUCCAUGCAUCACCACGAUGGUUCCAUGCACGACGCCAUCCGCGAGGAAGACGGCUACGACGAUGAAGACGAUCUUCAUGGACACCACAUGGUCCCCACAGAUGGAGAUACGCAUGGCAUGAGCAGCAUGUACAUGCAUGACCGCGGUGAAUCUCCGGGUCAGCAGUACCUCGAGGAAGAGCUAUACAAGCUGAGAGUCAAACCUACUGGUAGCCAAUCUGCGAUGACACACAAGACUUGGGAAGUAGCCCGAGAUGAUGGCGAGGAUUACGAUGACGGCGAUGCACAAGUUGCCGUGACCGAAUCAGGCAUGCCUGAAAUACCUGAUGGUAACACUGGAGGAUAUACAGAUCGCAGAGGCUCACCUCCUCUUCCACCUCUUCCACCGGACACUCGAGGCGAUUUGGUCAAUAUGCCGGACCAUCAAGCGUGGCAGGCGGGAGGUUAUGGUCACGAACCUCAACUACCUCCACCAUGGCAGCGUAUCCAUCAGCGUCUCCUAAGCUGGGCGAUUGUAUGGCCCAUGUCCGAACUUGACAAUGCGGUGAACAGCGCGACGCGGGGUAUGCAAGUAGACGAGGUGGCGCUGAGCAUUUGGUCGACGCAGACGUAUAAACGCUAUGUCAGAGCAAAGAUGACCGACAGUCCUCCAGGCCGCGUGGAUCGUCUGUUUGUGCCACCUAACAUGGCGGACGCGAUCAGCACUGCGGUGUACAACGGGCGACACGGAGAUGCAUGCGGAAUGCUCAGAGACUUGUGGGCACCGUUUGGACUCGAGGGCAUGCCUAGGCUAUUGAUUGUCCUCGCAAAGCACCGAUCUGACAAUAAUCACUGGGUUGUCCAUCGUUUCUCCCUUCCCGACGGUUCUCUGACAACGUAUGAUACAUAUCCGGAAAGGUGUCUGCCGGAUGGCCGCCCUCUGGGAUGGUGGUUUGCUAUCCGCAUUGCUUGGCCGGACGCUAUAUACCCAAGUCCGGAUCAUCUCAUGCAAAAGAUGGUCCGGCUUCACCGUCCCAUGCAACUUGGAAUCGACAACUCCGUUGCUGCGGCAGGAAUUUGGCGCAACCUGCUCAUGGGCUCGCGUGCAGAACGCAGUCUCGACCUAGAGCGCCUUCGUGACCUCAUCAAUACGGAAGUCAAGAACUUGAGGCAGCGCAAACAGAUGGGCAAAUUAUUCAUUGGCCCGCCCAAGCCGAACUGGGAAGACAUGAAUUGA